AUGGGUGAUGAGAUGCUUCGGGUAGUGGUUCACCAUGGUGGGACCUUGAUCAAAGAAGUCCCUUUUAAAUAUAUUGGCGGGGAGAUAGUUUAUUGGGACGUAGACCCCGAUAAGUGGUGUUAUUUUAGAGUAUUAGGUACACUUAAACAAAUGGGUUACAUGCAAGUAGAAGCAUUAUUUUACAAUGUGCAACAUGUUUUACAUAAACUUGAUGAUGAUAAAAGAGCUAUGAACAUGAUGAAUGUGGCUAAGUAUUUGGGGAAAGUGAACCUGUAUGUUGUGCAUGGGGUGGACGAAGCAACUAUAUUAGAAAAUGAUGAGAAUGAGAUUUUGUACCUAUGUGAAGGUCCUGCUGAGAGUGGUGAGGGUAGUGGCGUGGGUGGAGAAGCACAUGUUGAGGGUGGUGAUGAAGGAAUUAGUCAUGUAGUGGAGGGUGCAGUGGAGGUUGAGAAUGACUAUGCAGUGGAAGUUGAAAAGGAUAAUGAGGAUGUUGAGCAUGAGGAUGCCUUGAAGGAUGACAAGGAGGAUGCAGAAGAUAUCGAGGUUGAUGUGGAUGUUGACAAUGAGAAUGAACUUGAGGAUGUAAGUGAAGAAUUAGUUGACGUGGACAUUCAGGAUGGAGGGGAGGUUGAUAUUGAAGAAGAAGUGGAAGUGGAAGUGGAUGUGGACGGUGAUGAUGAAGCAGGAAUGUAUGAUCUCAGUGGUGAUGAAUACGUGGAUGAAGACAGUGAAAAAGAAAGCCAACAAUGUAGGGGUUUGUCAGAUGAUGAUUGGGAGUCUGAUAAGCUUUUAACUCCUGAAAAUAGUGCAAACCUCAGUGGCAGUGAAGUAUGUGGAGGGUGCACAUGGAUGUCAGACCAGCAAAAGGGGCUGGUCCAUGCCAUUAAGGAGCUUCUACCUCUGGCAGAACAAAGAUACUGUGUGAGACACCUAUAUGCAAACUUUAGGAAAAAGUUUGGUGGGCAGCUGGUCUGCAAGGAAGAUUUUUUAGCAAUGAACUACUCCAAUGUUGAUCCAGACAAUUUUAUACCCACUUGCUUCAGGAGAUCCACAUAUGAGGAGGUCUAUGCGUCCAUAAUUUUCCCCUUGAAUGGUCCUCAACUAUGGGAAACCACACAUUACAGAGAUGUCCUACCACCACUAAUGAGGAAGAUGCCUGAGAGGCCAAAGAAAAAAAGGAGGUUGGAGGCAUGGGAGUUAACAAAGGACGACACUCAAAUGCGUGUUGGAGGGCAUACGAAAAAGUGUACCAUUUGCCGUCAAAGGGGGCACAACAGGAAUAAGUGCCCUUUACGGCCCCAACUAGCAGAAGCACCCCAGACAACAGAAGCAUCCCAGCCAGCACCAUCAACCCAUUUAGCAGAAGCAUCCCAACCAGCACCACCAACCCAACAGAAGCAUCCCAGCCAGCAAGCGCAUCCCAGCCGGCAGAAACAACACAACCAUCACAACCACCUCCAACUUCCCCAACCCCUCUACCAUCACAGCCACUAA